AGCAGCCCGAGCAGCGGCAAGCAGCAGCACUCCAGACGCUGACAGCCCCGCCGGCCGGCUGCCUCGCUGACCGCCGACUGUCAAUGGAGCUGGAAAACAUCGUGGCCAACACGGUCUUGCUGAAAGCCCGGGAAGGGGGAGGAGGAAAGCGCAAAGGGAAAAGCAAGAAGUGGAAGGAAAUCCUGAAGUUCCCUCACAUCAGCCAGUGUGAAGACCUCCGCAGGACCAUAGACAGGGAUUACUGCAGUCUAUGUGACAAGCAGCCAAUUGGGAGGCUGCUUUUCCGGCAGUUCUGCGAAACCAGGCCGGGGCUGGAGAGCUACAUUCAGUUUCUGGACUCGGUGGCAGAGUAUGAAGUUACUCCAGAUGAAAAACUGGGAGAGAAAGGGAAGGAAGUUAUAAACAAGUUCCUCACACCAAAGUCUCCAGUUUUCAUCGCUCAAGUUGGCCAGGACCUGGUCACUCAGACAGAGGCAAAGCUACUUCAGAGGCCCUGCAAAGAACUCUUCUCUGCCUGUGUGCAGUCUGUCCACGACUACCUGAGUGGAGGCCCAUUCCAGGAGUACCUGGAGAGCAUGCACUUCGACCGCUUUCUGCAGUGGAAAUGGUUGGAAAGGCAACCGGUGACCAAAAACACUUUCCGGCAGUACCGCGUGCUGGGCAAAGGGGGCUUUGGGGAGGUGUGUGCCUGCCAGGUUCGGGCCACAGGUAAAAUGUAUGCGUGCAAACGCUUGGAGAAGAAGAGGAUCAAGAAGAGGAAGGGGGAGGCCAUGGCGCUCAACGAGAAGCAGAUCCUCGAGAAGGUCAACAGCCGCUUUGUGGUCAACCUGGCCUAUGCCUAUGAGACCAAGGACGCGCUGUGCCUCGUCCUGACCAUCAUGAACGGCGGCGACCUGAAGUUUCACAUCUACAACAUGGGGAACCCCGGCUUCGAGGAGGAGCGAGCCUUGUUUUAUGCAGCUGAGAUCCUCUGUGGCCUGGAGGACCUGCACCGUGAGAACACGGUCUACAGAGAUCUGAAACCUGAAAACAUCCUUCUAGAUGAUUACGGCCACAUCAGGAUCUCAGACCUGGGUCUGGCGGUAAAAAUCCCUGAGGGAGACCUGAUCCGCGGCCGGGUGGGCACCGUCGGCUACAUGGCCCCGGAGGUCCUGAACAACCAGCGAUACGGCCUGAGCCCCGACUACUGGGGCCUGGGCUGCCUCAUCUACGAGAUGAUCGAGGGCCAGUCACCGUUCCGCGGCCGCAAGGAGAAGGUGAAGCGGGAAGAGGUGGACCGCCGCGUGCUGGAGACCGACGAGGUGUACUCCCCGAAGUUCUCCGAGGAGGCCAAGUCCAUCUGCAACAUGCUGCUCACCAAAGACGUGAAGCAGAGGCUGGGCUGCCAGGAGGAGGGAGCCGCCGAGGUCAAGAGACACCCCUUCUUCAGGAACAUGAACUUCAAGCGCCUGGAGGCCGGCAUGUUGGACCCUCCCUUCAUUCCAGAUCCCCGAGCCGUGUACUGCAAGGACGUGCUGGACAUCGAGCAGUUCUCCACCGUGAAAGGCGUCAACCUCGACCACACCGACGACGACUUCUACUCCAAGUUCUCCACGGGCUCUGUGCCCAUCCCAUGGCAAAAUGAGAUGAUAGAAACAGAGUGCUUUAAGGAGUUGAAUGUGUUUGGACCCAACGGUACCCUGUCUCCAGACCUGAACAGAAGUCAGCCUCCGGAACCACCAAAGAAAGGGCUACUGCAGAGACUCUUCCGGCGUCAGCAUCAGAACAAUUCCAAGACCAGUUAUAACCACCACAUAAAUUCAAACCACAUCAGUUCAAACUCCACCGGAAGCAGCUAGCUUCAGCUCUGCACCUUGAAGUCCGCAGUGGACCCUCUACUUGGAAGCAGAAUCUGUGGCCAGCAGGGCUUCCUCGCUGGCUGGGUGGCCAGGGGAAGUUCCCCCCAGGAGACAGGGAAGGCUACCAUUCACCCCGCCCCCUCGUUAAUGAGCCUCGAGGUUUCUCAAAGAAAUUUCCACUCAGGUCUGUUUUCCAAGGCGGCCCCGAGCUGGGGUGGACUGGAUUUGCCCUUGUUGAACAUUGCAAUAGAAACCCAAUGGGGUACGACAUCUUGCACGGAUUUUAAUAGCGACCUAACUAGAACUGAAUUUUUGUCUUUUAUUAUUUUUAAAGGAAAGUUUUGUAAAUUUCUCUAUUGUCUCAGUUUACAUUUUGUAUAUUUGUAUUUAAAUGAAAGUCAGACUUUGAGGGUGUAUAUUUUCUGUGCAGCCACUGUUAAGCCAUGUGUUUUAAGACAUUUUAGAUGGGGGGGGGAUUUACAAAACAAAGUAAUAAUAAUGUGAUUCCAGACUUCCAGAACCUCAAAUGAGAAAACGUUUUUAUUAAAUGUAGAAAAUGUUUCACCUUU